AUGGGGUUUUGCAUGGGUGUGUUUGAGCUGCAACAGUCUGGGAAUGGGGAAGAGGGUCUUUGGCCUGCUUACACAAAAGAUGGAUUGCUGGAUCGAUAUGGCAAACCUGCUGUUAGAGGAAGGACUGGUGGAUGGAAAUCUGGGCUGUUUUUACUGGUGAAUCAAGGAUUAGGUACACUAGCAUUUUAUGGGGUGGAGGCGAAUAUGAUUCCAUUCUCAAAAACUGUAAUGAGGCAAACAAAUGCAGAGGCAGGAGACACAUUUAGCAGGUGGAUGGGAGCUGUGUAUCUAUUCUCCCUAAUAGCUGCUUUUCUCAGUGACUCCUACCUUGGAAGAUACCUCACUUGGGUCAUUUUCCAGGUUGUUUUAACCAUUGUGAGAAACGGGGCAUCUGAGCCUGCUUUCGCUACAUUUGGUGCAGACCAAUUUGAUGAAGAGGAUCCUGAGGAAAAGCAAUCUAAGACGUCAUUUUAUAGCUACUUCUAUGUUGCAUUGAGCAUUGGGUGUCUGUUCUCAGGUACAGUACUGCUCUAUAUGGAGAGUAUGGGAAAUUUCUCAUUGGGGUUCUGGAUUUCUACUAGUUGUGCCAUUGUUGCAUUUGUUUUGCUCUUGAGUGGAACUAGGAGAUAUAGGCACUUCAAGCCUUCUGGUAAUCCCGUUUCUAGGAUUGCUCAAGUAAUAGUGGCUUCUCUAAGAAAAAGAAAUCUUCAAGUACCCUCACAUGGGGGAGGAGGGCUCCAUGAAGUUUAUGGAAGAAAAGGGGAGACCAGUAGAAUGAGGAGAAUCCUCCACACUGAUGACUUCGUGUUUCUUAACCAAGCUGCCAUUAUCACCCCGGAGGACUCGGUUUUGAUAUCAGAUCCAUGGCAUAUUUGCCCCAUCACACAGGUUGAAGAGAUGCUUUCUCUUUUUGUUGAGCAAGGAGCUGCCAUGGAUAGAACAUUCUUACACUUUCAAGUUCCUCCGGCCAGCAUGACUGUCUUUGAUAUUGUGAGCACAUCGAUCUUCACUGUUUUCUAUGACAAGCUAUUUAUUCCUUUAUACCUCAAACUAACCAAAAAAGAGCCAAAAACUCUUACUGAGCUGCAAAGAAUAGGAAUUGGUUUGGCCAUUGCAGUAGUAGCCAUGUUAGCCUCAGGCCUAGUUGAGCAACAGAGGCUAAAAUAUUCGGAUGGCAGCAAGAAGGAGAUGAGUUCUCUUAGUAUUUUCUGGCAGACUCCACAGUACAUUCUUGUGGGAGUAUCAGGAGCAUUUGUGUAUGUUGCACAAAUGGAAUUCUUCACAUCACAGACACCGGAUGGAUUGAAGAGCCUAGGGAUAGGACUAUCUAUGUCUUCUUCUGCCUUUGGAAGUUACAUAUGCAGCAUCAUUUUGGGUUUGGUGAUGAAGAUUACAACGAGGAAUGGGAAACCAGGUUGGGUUCCUCCAAAUCUAAACGACAGCCAUUUGGACAGGUUUUUCUUUCUCUCAGCAGCACUGUCAAUGCUUAAUCUUGGACUCUUUGUUGUCUGCUCUAAUCGUUACAAGUGUAUAUCAUUAGAGGAGAGAUGA